AUGGCAAUAAUAAAAUUCUCGAUUUUUCUAUUACUUGCUUCUUCUACUCUAGCUACAGACUACUCUUCAGAAGAUAUCUAGAGCACCACAGAUCAACUACCCAUCACUUGUUCUUCAACUGUUAGACUUUAAAAUGUGAGAUCAUCAUACUUCUUACACUCAAGUGAAUUAAGCUAUGGUUCAGGUAGUGGGCAAUAAGCCGUGACUGGAUUUGAUGGGGAUCAUGACUAUGGUUCUCUAUGGAUAAUUAAGGAAGCAGAUCAAGAUUAUAACACUGAGAAAUGCAGGACUGGUGUGAGGGUCAGAUGCGGUGAUAGAAUUAGGCUUGAGCACAUGAAUACGGGCAAGAAUGUUCAUUCUCAUUCUAACUUUGAUUCCCCUGUUAGUGGAAGAUAAGAAGUCAGUGCAUUUGGAAACGGAGGAGAUGGAGACGGUGGUGAUAAUUGGGAGAUUGAGUGUGAGAGUAAUGAUGUAGAUGGCGUAGUUUAUGGAAAGACUAACUUUUACCUCAAGCAUAGAGACACAGGCUUGUAUCUUUACACUGAUGGUGGUUCUAAAUAUACUGAACACAACUGCAGAAGAUGCCCAAUCGUAGGUCAUUCAGAAAUUAGUGGAGCCAGAGGAAAGCUAAAGAAUGGAAUAUGGAAAGUGCACAGUGGAUUCUUCUACCCAGACAUUGAGCAAAAAGAGUACUUUGAAUGA